GGGAAAACUGGCGGGUGUCAGAAAGUGCACAAGAGCUGACUCGAGUAACUGAUUCGCUUGGGCUCCCGCAGUCGCGCUGCGUGCAUCUCUUUCGUUUUGCAGUUGCCUGAUUUAUUAUUAUUAUUGCGCAGAACCGUAAUUGUCCUGUCCUUUCGGAAUAGAAAAUAUCGUUGCAGACGUUGGAUUCAUUUUUCUGCUCUCCCCGUUUUCUGUUUGCUCUUUUUCAUCGACCAAACAGCAUGAGCACGGAUGGAGCCUUCGAGGCUUUCUGUGCGACCCACGCUCUUCAGCAGCAGCGGGAAGGUGUGGAAGUGCCAUCAAAGCUGUCACGUAGCUUCUCUUAUUACCAAUGGCUCGAAGUGGCAAAGCAGAAAUUCCACGAGGCGCACGCAGAUGUGCGACAAGGUGAGAAGGAGCCAGAGCUAAAGAAGGUUAAAAUUGAAAAUGGCGCAGUGCAGAGCACGACUUCCCCGCCAUGCGCCGACAACGCACUGGCAGACGCCAUUGCCCAACUGCUCACCUCCUCACUCCAAACUUUAGCGAGUCCGUCCACGGCGCCACCGUCGUUGCGCCAUGCCGACCAGGAAGCGUUUCCCACACCUUCCGCAGCGGCGGGCAUGCCGGCCUUCCUGACGCUGGCCGAGGCGGCGAUGCGGCUGACCUUGUGGCACCCACAGGACGCGCAGCUGGCACAGUUGGCUGCCCGGAUGCGGCCCAAUCUACGCUCCUUGGAGGAAAGAGGCAUCAUCCGAACUCAGGACGGCUGUUUCCCUGGACUGCAGCUGCUGAUGGACCUGCUGUCGUGGCGCAUCAUCGCCCAUCGGUGGGCUCGGCUGACACCGGAGAUGCGUCAGGUCGCUGUGGAUGGCGUGCAGACUCUCUGCUCCUCUGUUGUUAGCCCUGCAGCAGACGAACUACGCUUGGCGAUACAGCAACUGGACGUGUCGUCCAACAGCACAUCUGUCCCGAUCACGCAGCUAGACAGCCUUGUGGGGCAGGUGAGCGCUGCCAUCCCCUUCCAAUUCGCCGCCUGUCGUGACCUCGUUACCCUGUAUGCAGAGCCUACUGGGGUGCUCCGUCUGCCCAAACUUGAGCAAUCGGGGAAGAUGCUUCCUGCCGCAGCUGCACUUGAUGCCGCCACAGAGCCAGCUACGUCUAGUGAUAAGGGGGAGUCAUCGGUGGGAUCUGGAGAUGAAGACAGCGUGGUGCGCGUUGGUGAUUUGGUGGGUGACAUGGCGUCGACAUCCGCGGCCACGGCGACGACUACGGCAGGCAACGAGGCGGUGGCACCGUCCACAACACAGGGGUCUCGGAAAACGGCGGGCCGCCCAUCGCCUUACGUGGGGCACCCCGUCUUAGAGGUGGUGCCACGCGCCUCAAGAGGGCAGUCCGCGUCCACGAACCACUCGACGGGCACACGCCGGAUGCCAGCAAAACUAGUAAAUGGCCAUCCGGCGUGUGUGUCACAGUACCACAAGCGCUACGCCGAUGCGUCGAAGCACGCCAGCUCGGAGUGUCGGUACUGUGCCACGUGCCACCUGAUGGAAAUCCUCUUUCGCGGCGAGAAGCGGGACUGCGUGUGGAGGCACUGGCCGACGACGCGCAAAAUUGAGUUUCAUCUGAAGCGUUUCCCGGACGUUCUCAAGCUGGCCCUGAAGCGCUUCGGUGAGAUGGCGCGGGGCAUGCAGCUCGCGGCGACAGAUGAGGUUCCGUUGUAA